AUGAGUGGAGCCUGGAGGUGGCUGCUGGGCACAUGCUUCCUGGGCACGGUGGCCACCGGCACCAGCCACAACAGCAAUCCCUUCACGGCCCAGCAGACCUCACCCGACCCGUGUUACGACGAUAACGGCGCCGCGCGCCACUGCAUCCCAGAGUUCAUUAACGCCGCCUUCAGCCGGGAGGUGCAGGCGUCCAGCACGUGCGGCCGGCCCCCGUCCCGUUCCUGCGGCGCGGCGGAGCGGGACGGGAGGCCCGCCAUCCUCGCGUGCGACACCUGCGACGCUUCGGACCCGCGCCGCGCUCACCCGCCCUCCUACCUCACGGACCUCAACUCCGCCCACAACCUCACCUGCUGGCAGUCGGAGAACCUGCACACCUCGCCCCACAACGUCACGCUCACCCUCUCCCUGGGCAAGAAGUUCGAGAUCACCUAUGUCAGCCUGCAGUUCUGCUCGUUGCGCCCGGAGUCCCUGGCCAUCUUCAAGAGCAUGGACUACGGCAGGACCUGGACCCCUUACCAGUUUUACUCAUCCCAGUGCCGGCGCAUGUACAACCGGCCCAGCAAGGCCGUGAUCACCAAACAGAACGAGCAGGAGGCGCUGUGCACCGACGGACUCGCGAACUUCCAGCCGCUUUCCCCGGGCCUCCUUGCCUUCAGCACGCUGGACGGGAGGCCCUCGGGGAAGGACUUCGACAACAGCCCCGUUCUGCAGGACUGGGUGACGGUGACCGACAUCCGCGUGGUCUUCAGCCGGCCGCAGCUCCCCCAGGAGCUGGGAGGCGGGGUCCCGGGGGAGGGCCCCGCCGCGUCGCCGGGGACGGCGGCGGCGUACCACUACGCCGUGGGGGACUUCCAGGUGGGCGGGCGCUGCAAGUGCAACGGCCACGCCUCCCGCUGCCUGAAGGACAGGGAGGGAAGGCUGGUGUGCGACUGCAAGCACAACACAGAGGGGCCCGAGUGCGACCGAUGCAGGCCCUUCCACUACGACCGGCCCUGGCAGAGAGCGAACGUGCGCGACGCCAACGAGUGUCUGCCCUGUAACUGUAACCUGCACGCACGGAGGUGCCGCUUCAACAUGGAGCUGUACAAGCUGUCUGGAAGGAAGAGCGGGGGCGUGUGCAUGAACUGCCGGCACAACACAGCAGGCCGCCACUGUCAUUACUGCAAGGAGGGCUUCUACAGGGACCUGGGCCAGCCCAUCACACACCGGAAGGCCUGCAAAGCUUGUGACUGCCACCCGGUGGGAGCUGCUGGUAAGACGUGUAACCAGACGACGGGCCAAUGCCCGUGCAAAGAUGGGGUGAUGGGCAUCACCUGCAACCGCUGCGCCAAAGGCUACCAGCAGAGCCGCUCCACUGUGGCCCCCUGCAUCAAGAUCCCAGUGGUGAGCCCCACAGCUGUAGUCAGUAAUGCAGAGGAUUCUGCAGAUUGUGAGUCAUACUGUGAACCAGCAGUGAAUGGUAAUGUGAGGAUCAGCAUUAAGAGGUACUGCAAGAAAGACUAUGCGGUACAGGUGAACGUGCUUGACAUGGAGACGGUUGGAGACUGGGCCAAGUUCACGGUCAACGUGGUGGCGGUCUACAAGAGCCGCGGGGACCUGCUGAGGCGGGGCGACCACUUCCUGUGGGUCCACAUGAAGGACCUGGCCUGCAAGUGCCUGAGGAUCCAGAUAGGCAAGCGCUUCCUGGUGAUGGGCACCGGCGAGGGCGGGGCCGAGCGGGCGGGGCUGCUGGCCGACAAGGACAGCCUGGUCAUCCUGUGGAGGGACAUUUGGACGCGGCGGCUCCGGAAAUACCAGCGCAAAGAGUGGAAGGGCAAGUGCAACAAGGCAUGAUGGGAGAACACCUGCUUCGCGGCUCCCGUUGGAGUACCGCGGAUUGCAGAGG